GAGACGUAGGAGUACUGUUGAUUAGUUGUGAUCUGCAAUCUGCAAUUUCCCAAUUAUAAUUUCUUAAUCACUUCCUAACCUAACAUCAUGUCUUUUCUCUGAUAUUUCCUCCCACCUCUCCAAGCAGUUCUGCAAAAUUAUCACAUUCAUUGGUCAUAUCUAUAUAUAUAAACAAAAACCUCACCUCCCCAAUUCUAUCAAACCAGCCCCUCUCUCUCUCUCUCUCUCUCUCUCUCUCUCUCUCUCAUGGCAGCACCACCUCAAGAGAAAUUACAGACGUUUGUCAAGAACAAUAAUAGUAGCAGUACGAGGCCAUUAACAGCACUGCAUGAAGAAGAAGAAGAAGAGCAAGAGAGCUUCUCGGCAGGAGGAGGGCUCUGCGGCUGUUGUGGGUUCUUUUGGGGCCAGAGCAGCAACGAAGAUAGGUACCUGUUGCGACAGAAAACAGGGGAGAACAGAGGAGGAGAAGGAGGAGGAGGAGGAGGAGGAGCAUGGUGGUCGGCGGAGAAGCUGGUGAAGAAGGCGAAGGAGGCGUCGGAGGUCAUGGCGGGGCCCAAGUGGAAGACCUUCUUACGGAAGCUCGGGAACAAAAACAAGAAGGGCAGGUUCCAGUACGACCCACGUAGCUACGCCCUCAACUUCGACGACGCCGGCGACGGCCGUUCGCCGGAUGACGAUGAUUUUCUGCUAGAUUUUUCCGAUAGACGCGUUGCUUCUUCGUUUUCAGAUGACAAACGAGUAAUUAAUGGUUCAUGACCAUAUAUAUAUAUAUAUAUAUAUAUAUAUAUAUUACAUAUAUGCUGUCUUGGAUGGCUUCAGCUACAUCCAUGCAUAUACUCAAUUGGGUCUCUCCCGAUCGCCUUUGCUUGUAAUUUUAUUUGUCACAUCGAUAAAUAGUUGUUUAGUUAAUUACAAGGAUUCAUGACUUCACAUCAA